GUCCGCUCCCCAAUCUUGUUCCACGGCUUCGGCUACUUCCCGUUGGAACUUGCGUGCGCAGCUCCGCCAACCCAAGACAGAUACGCUCUGCUUACUGCCGAGCGUUGAUAUCCUCGACAGAGAAACCGUCCCUUCAGGCUUAUAAGCAACCAGAAAAGGCCUGCGCCUCUCUUCUUCGCCAUGGCUGAUGAGGAGAAGCACGCCGUGGAAGCCACCCCCCAGGUGGCUCCCGUCGACGAAUACGCCUCUGCCCAGAACGAGUUCGUUGACCGACCCAAUGGAUGGAUCUACAAGGGCUACAAGCUCUUUGGCCGUGAGGUCUACUACGCCUCACCCAGAGUCCAGCUGUUGCUGGUUGCCCUGGUGUGUUUCCUCUGCCCCGGCAUGUACAACUCUCUGAGCGGUCUGGGAGGUGGUGGUCAAGUCGACCCCAAGGCCCAGGACCACUCUUCCGUCGCUCUGUACUCUACCUUUGCCGUCGUUGGUUUCUUCUCUGGCACCUUUGCCAACCGUCUCGGUCUCCGUCUCACCAUUGGAAUCGGUGGUCUUGGUUACUGCAUCUACAGCGCCUCUUUCCUCAGCUACAACCACAACAAGAACAUUGGCUUCGUCAUCUUUGCUGGUGCUUUCCUUGGUGUGUGCGCCGGUCUGCUCUGGACUGCUCAGGGUGCUGUCAUGAUGGCCUAUCCUCCCGAGAACAAGAAGGGUCGAUACAUUUCUACCUUCUGGAUUAUUUUCAAUCUGGGUGCCGUCAUCGGCUCUCUGAUUCCCCUGGCUCAGAACAUUCAGAACCACACCGGUACUGUCAGCGAUGGCACCUAUGCUGCCUUCAUUGUUCUCAUGUUCCUCGGUUUGAUUGUUGCCUUCUUCUUGCUGGAUGCCGACAAGGUCAUUCGUGAGGAUGGCACCAAGGUUGUCCUGAUGAAGAACCCUUCGUGGCAGUCUGAGUUCCUUGGUCUGUGGCAGACUAUCUCCGGCUCUCCCUGGGUUCUUCUUCUGUUCCCCAUGUUCUUCGCCUCCAACAUCUUCUACACCUACCAGAACAACGACAUGAACGCUGCUGCUUUCAACAUCCGUACUCGAUCCCUCAACAACCUGCUGUACUGGCUCGCCCAGAUCAUCGGCGCUGUCAUCAACGGCUACGCUCUGGAUUACACUGGUAUUGGCCGUGCCAUGCGCGCCAAGCUGUCCUUCGCCUUCCUCUUCUUCCUCACCUUUGUCAUCUGGGGCGGUGGUUAUGCUUGGCAGAAGAUGCAGCCCACUCGUGACGUGGUGUCGCAGGCCAACUACGAGCCAAACAAGGUUGACUGGACCGAUGGUGGCCACCUCUUCAUUGGACCCAUGUUCCUGUACUUCUUCUAUGGAUUCUACGAUGCCAUCUGGCAGACCAACAUCUACUGGUGGAUGGGAUCAUUGUCCAACUCUGGCCGCAGGGCUGCCAACUUGGCUGGUUUCUACAAGGGUUUCCAAUCCGCUGGUGCUGCCAUCUUCUGGCGUCUCGACGCUAUCAACACUCCUUACAACACCAUGUUUGGCGCCACCUGGGGUGUACUCGCCGGAUCCCUGAUCCUGGCCGCACCCGUUGUCUUCUUGAAGAUCAAGGACCACGUUUCGAUUGAAGAGGAUCUGAAGUUCAGUGACGAGACAAUCGAGGAUGUCGUCGUUGGUGCCAACAAGCACGUGGAUGUAUAAACAAACAUGUGUAUGUACAUAGGCAAAAGGGUGUUUAAUGAUUUUACUGCUAUAGUCGGGCGGUUAGGGGAUUCCGGCUUUGGGUUUGGAUGAUUGUGAAGCGUUUUCGAACGUCGAUGCUCCUGAUUUUAAAUGAUUUAAUGCAUGGCUUUCAAGCAAGCCUCUUAUUCCCAUAUAUUUAAAUUCAAUACCAAGGACACGUUAUUACUGUGGAGUAAUCUUUUGUUUUC